AUGAACGACAACGAGGAAUUAGAACAAGACAAUCAGCGAAGACUAAACCUCCUCUACGCAGGACGACAAGCCAACCUGCAGCGGAUUCAACAGGACUCACAAAACCCUAUGUGGCAACGACAACUCGGUGCGCUGGACGCACACAUCGAACGACGACAACAUGCACAAGGAGAUCCCGCACGGAUCCGCCAGAUCAACCAAGAACUGGAAGAACAGGUCGAAUCAGAAACGACCAAGAACACCCCCAACGACUCGGAAACACCUCGCGAUGUUGCCCGCCAACAUGCCCAACUGGAAGUCGCCUUUGAAGUCGCUUCAGUCAACGACACCAGCUCUGGAGAGGACUCUGACGAAGAAAUACAGUGGUAUCACUGCUACCAAGACCAGCGCCGAGUCCACUAUAUCAAGAAAGACGAAGCAUGGAAGAAACAGCAAGAAAACGACGAACAAGGAACGGACGAGCAGUCAAAAAACUAG